AUGGAGAGGAGUAGCUUGAGGGGAAGUCAACUAACAACCUUAUUCGUCCAAAACUUACCACCUAAAUUUCAUUGGAGUGGCUUGAGGCAGCUGUUCGGAAGACAUGGAGAUGUGAUUGACUCCUACAUAGCUAGAAAGAAGGAUAUGGCCGGGAAACGUUUCGGCUUUGUUAGGUUCUCUAACAAAGAGGACGCAAAUAGGGCAUUGCAGAGACUGAAUGAAUUUAACACUUAUGGCUUUCGCAUAGUAGUUAAGGAGGCUAAAUAUACAGAUAGGUUUCAAUCGUGGAAGGCGAAUACAACUUUUUAUUCUCAGGCGACGACGAGGAAUGAUGGGCAUAAAGGUUUUCAAGCCAUGAAUCACAGUGAAGGAAGGUCAAAGAAUAAGGAAGCGGUAGCAGGAAACAACAAAGGAAUGGUGUUUGGUAGUGAUGGCUUCAAAGAAAAAGUUAUGAGGAGACUGAAAACUGUGCAAGGUCACGUUGAUGAAGAAUCACUACGAAAGUUGGAAAAACGUUUGAUAGGUACGAUGGCGACAGUGUGCAAUUCAAACCAAGUAGAGGAUAGGCUACGAGCAGGAGGGCUUGGCGAGUUAAAAACAAAGUAUCUGGGAGGGCGUGACUUUCUAAUUGAAAUCGAAGACCCGGGGUUAUAUAGUUUCAUGAAAGAACAAAAAUGGUCAUAUCUCAAGGAGGUCUUUCUGGAAGUUCAACCUUGGUCAGAGGUGUAUCGUUCGUCGGAGAGAGUCAUUUGGAUUCAACUGACAGGACUCCCACUUUAUUGCUGGAAUCACCAGACUUUCAAAAAAGUAGCAGAAACGUGGGGGAGUUCUUAG